UCAGAUGGGUCAGGACGUCAUCGUAGGUUCGAAGCGUCGGCCUGUAAGAGUAUAAGUAGGGCUUGGUCGAGGGCGUUAAUCUACAUCGACCGACUCCUCUCUACUCAGAAAGCCAAGGGACAACCCAACCAACCACACCACUACAAAAAUGAAGGUUCUCGUACUUGGCGCUUCCGGUUUCAUUGGGUUGCCCGCCGCCCAGGCUUUCGUCCGCGCAGGCCACACCGUGUAUGGUGUUACCCGUUCAGCUGCAAAGGCCAAGCAGCUUGCCGCUGAAGAAAUUAUCCCGAUUAUCUGUGAAGUUGAUCAAUUCGACAACUGGACCAAGUACCUCGGCACCAUCGACGUUUUGAUCGACGCUGUCGGUGGCACUGCUGACAUCAAGACACUCUCCGCCAACCUCCUCAGCGCCGUCAGCCAAGCUGCCAAGAAGCUCCGUGCCCCCCACGCGACCAAGCUUACCUACAUCUACUCGUCGGGCACCUGGGUGCACGGUGAUAACCGUUCAGAGAUCGUCUCUGACACCACAGCUUGCACUAAGCCCAUGCCUCUCGUCGCUUGGCGAGUUGAGCAGGAGCAGCGUGUGAUCAACGACCCCGUCUUGAACGGUAUCGUCAUCCGUCCUGCCCUUCUCUACGGUCGCUCCGGCUCGCUGUUGGCGCCUCUCUUCGAGAGCGCGAGCAAGGGCAAAGUGGCUUGGUACGGUACCCCCGGGGGUCGUUACGCCCUCAUCCACUGCGACGACCUAGCCGACUUGUACCUCCGGGCUGCCGAGAAGGCUCAGCUCGUCGGUGGCAAGAUCUUCGACGCUGCCAACGACUUCACUGAGUCUCAAGAUGAUGUUCUGAACAAGUUGGUCGAAGUUAGCGGUGCGAAGGGUCCCUAUGAAUGGAUUAAGCCCGAGCAUCCUUACCACGACGCUCUUGCCUGCACUUGUCUCCUCCGUCCUUACCUUGCGCGUGCUCUCCUCGGGUGGCAGCCAAAGAAGCCCGGUUUGGUUGAUGGUCUGUCCACUUACUAUGCCGCCUGGAAGGCAUCGGCGGGACUUGCAUGAAUUCAUGAUUUGGGGCCGCAGCAUCACGAUCCUCGAAGCCAUUUAUGAUCACGUUUCUGUAUGACAGAUUGCAUUGCAUUGUAUAAUACGCAUCGAUAAGCAAUAGACUAUGGUCGCC